ACUUCCGCUGCAGAAACAUGGCCGCGGCCGUGCAGAACUCACGUGGGGGUAUGGGGAAAAAGCUGAAAAACUCCCUAAAGAAGAAGAAGAAGGUGAAAAUGAUAGCCAAGGCUGUAGCACCGGAGCUGGAAGACGAGAACAAAGACCCUGACGGCAUUGGAGGCUCCCCAGGCAGGCGCGGAUCUGAUGAGGAAGCGGUGGAGGCUGACAAUGAGGAUGAAGUCGACCCCCGGGACAGUGACAGCGAAGGCGCUGCAGACGCCCGCGUGGGCGCCAACGCGGGCUGGGCAGACGCCAUGGCCAAGGUCCUGAACAAGAAGACGCCUGCGAGCAAGCCCACCAUCCUGGUCAGAAGCCGAGAGCUGGAGAAGGAGAAGGAGCAGUUGAAGCAGGAGAGGCUGGAGAAGAGGAAGCAGCUCGAUAAGAAGCGGGAAUGGGAAAUGAUGUGCAGAGUCAAGCCAGAUGUGGUCGAAGACAAAGAAACGGAGAGGAACCUUCAGAGGAUUGCAACGAGGGGUGUCGUGCAGCUGUUCAAUGCUGUUCAGAAGCAUCAGAAGAACGUCGACGAGAAGGUUAAGGAAGCUGGCGGCUCUGUCAGGAAGCGCGCCAAGUUGAUCUCCACUGUUUCCAAGAGGGACUUCAUCAGCGUUCUGAGAGGGAUGGACGGACGGGCAGACGAACCGGGUUCCACGGGCACGAACUCAAAAGCCAAGCAGACCGAAGCGAAAGAAGACGGCCCGGGCUGGACCAUCCUCCGCGACGACUUCAUGAUGGGAGCGUCCAUGAAGGACUGGGACAAAGAGAGCGACGGGCCCGACGGCGGCGGCCCGGGACCGGGGAGCGACACCGAUGCCUGACGCUGCGUGCGCAGGCGGCGCCGUCCGCGCGCAGUCGUUCUGUUUCCCGGAGAGAGACGCUCGCGCCCCGGGAGCGGGGCGGGUAGGGCCCGUGGGUCACGCAGCCGAGGGCCUUCCCGGUUACCAGCUCUGGCGCGUCCCGUUUUCCCGGAAACUUUGCUGAAACUGUGUUUUCAAACUUUGUAUGAUUUUAAGCAUUGUAUCAACCUGUCCAGCGAGAUGCACACUUUGCCACGAUCAUUAUCGGUGUACAUACUGGCCAUUGAUAUUUGGUAUUUUGUUUCAUUGUUCCCAGUGUUUCUAGAAAGGCAAUAUUCUUUAUAAUUAAAAUGAACUUCUUGAAGUUAAUAUUUUUCAACUGACAGUCCUGUGUACUUAGAGUUUUGGGGGAAGGUUUGGUGUUGGUUUUGGUGAGAGCUUUUGAGAAAACUGUAAGUAGUAAAAUUUAAAAUAUAUUUCUGAUUUGGGGUAAUGAUUUUAUUUCCUAAGAUAUU